GUGGCGGCCGCGGCUCUCAGGUGAGGGGCGCGCGAGCGGCUCCUGCCUCCCUGCUCGCGGGGUCACGCUCCUUUCCGUUCGAAUCCGUUUCCCCGCUCCGGAGCCCAGGCGGCGGCGAGUACUCGGGGUGGGUUUAACGAAGCCUGCGCGGGCGGUGGGAGGCCGCGCCCCCACGACAGAGGCGCCCGUGGCGGCGGGUCCCGGCGCCGCCGCACCCCGUUCCCCGGCGAGAACGAUAUAUUUUUGCCAUCAUGGAUCAGUUUGGAGAUAUAUUAGAAGGUGAAGUUGACCAUUCUUUCUUUGACAGUGACUUUGAAGAAGGAAAGAAAUGUGAAACUAACUCAGUUUUUGACAAGCAAAAUGAUGACCUGAAGGAAAGAAUAGAUAAAGAAACAAAAAAUGUGAACUCGAACACUGGAAUGCAAACAACAGAAAAUUAUCUUACUGAGAAGGGAAAUGAAAGAAACCUGAAACUUCCCCCAGAACACCCUGUAGAGAACGAUGUUACACAAACUGUAAGUUCUUUCUCAUUGCCAGCCUCUUCAAGAUCAAAAAAAUUGUGUGAUGUUACAACAGGACUUAAAAUACAUGUGUCCAUUCCAAGUAGAAUUCCCAAAAUUGUAAAAGAAGGUGAAGAUGAUUACUACACAGAUGGAGAGGAAAGCAGUGAUGAUGGGAAGAAAUACCAUGCCAAGUCCAAGUCCACCAAACCAUCUACCAACGUUAAAAAAAGCAUAAGGAAAAAGUAUUGCAAAGUUAGCUCCUCUUCCUCCUCCUCUUUAUCUUCCUCAUCUUCAAGUUCAAGCACAGAUUGUUUAGAUGCAGGGUCUGAUAGCCAUCUAUCUGAUUCAUCUCCAUCAUCCAAGAAACAUGUAUCUGGUGUAACCCUCCUGUCACCAAAACAGAAGUAUAAAUCAGAAAUAAAAUCGACAGAAACACAGCCUUCAAGUAUGACACCAAAAUGUGGCCACUACCCUGAGGAGUCUGAAGAUACUGUGACCGACGUAAGUCCCUUAUCAACUCCAGACAUUAGCCCUCUUCAGUCUUUUGAACUGGGCAUAGCAAAUGAUCAAAAAGUGAAAGUUGAAAAGCAAGAAAAUGUGAGCCAAGAAAUAUAUGAAGAUGUUGAGGAUUUGAAAAAUAAUUCAAAAUAUUUGAAAUCAGCCAAAAAAGGGAAAGAAAAACAUGAGCCUGGUCUGUCCUCAAAGUCGUCUUCAGUGUUAGACUCCAGUUUGGAGCACAGACAUAAACAAAAAGUCUUACAUGACACAAUGGAUCUGAACCAUCUUUUGAAAGCUUUUCUGCAAUUAGAUAAAAAAGGACCACAAAAGCAUCACUUUGAUCAACCUUCAGUAGCACCUGGGAAAAACUACUCUUUCACAAGAGAAGAGGUGAGACAGAUCGAUCGGGAAAAUCAGAGGCUUUUGAAAGAACUGUCAAGACAGGCGGAAAAGCCAGGAAGCAAAAGUACAAUUCCUAGAUCAACUGAUCAUCCCCCAAAGUUAUAUCACAGUGCUCUCAACAGACAGAGGGAACAACAAAGGAUUGAGAGAGAAAACUUGGCUUUAUUGAAAAGGCUUGAGGCUGUGAAACCAACAGUAGGUAUGAAACGCUCAGAACAACUGAUGGACUAUCAUCGCAAUAUGGGCUAUCUCAGCUCAUCACCACUGUCCAGACGAGCCAGAUCCACUCUCGGCCAAUACAGCCCAUUAAGAGGAGCUUCCAGGACAUCCAGUGCUACGAGUGGUCUCAGUUGUAGGAGUGAGCGAUCAGCUGUUGACCCCUCCAGUGGCCACCCUCGAAGAAGACCUAAACCCCCUAAUGUCCGUACAGCUUGGUUAUAAAACACUUUUUUUUACUUUAAACAUUGUUCACACAACUUUUAUUGAAGUGCUCGUGCUAUUACGAUAAUUCUCUGUGUAAACAUCUAUAAUACCGUUUAGCAAUUUAAGGUGUACAACAGUGCAUUGUAAUUUAUUGUUAUUCAGUGCAAAAUUAUUGUCAAAAAGACGAUUUAAUGUAAAGAGUGUUUCCUGAGGAUGUAUUCAUAUAAGAUGUGUUCUUAAUAGAGAAAUAGUGGUAUGCAUGUGUAUCUUCUUAUUAUAGAAAUUGAUUCCAUUGUCAUGCUGUCAAAAUAGUAAUGAUAGUAUCAUUGCAUGUUGUACUCAAGAUGUUCACUAUAUAGUUUUCAAUUUGUGUUAUUUUCAUUUCUUUAUAAGCGUUAUACCAUGAGCUUAGCUCCUAAAUUUGGCUGGCUUUGUUUUUCAUCUGCUUUAGAACUUACGUGGCAUGGCGUAGCUUGAUUGUAUGAGAUUGAACACUGAUUAUGAAACAGAUCUUGAAAUGUGUUUUCAUUGGUAGAGCUGAUCUAGAUUUGAUGAGCAGAUUGAGAGACGCUUCUAUUGGAGCAAUUCUUGUAAUUCACCAGAGGUGUCUAGUUAUUGUAUAAGUGCACUGAGUGUUAGAUCUUAAAAGUUUGAUCAACCAUUCCAAACCAUUUCAAAUAUGAAUAUUAGAAAGUUCAACUUAGAAGCUUCCCUUUGUGUUUUUAUGCAUUCAGGUAAAGUCCUAUUUAUGAUUCUUAGAAAUGAGGUAGGUUUUAGAGCUACAGUCUUCUAACUUGUGAAUAGUUUAAGGACCACAUCAGUUGCAUCAUAAGCAAAACCUGUAGUAUUUGUUGAAUCAGUGAAAUGGCACCAUCAGCAUGAAGAGCCAAGAAGCAGAUCCUGGGGUGUGCUGGACAGCGUUUUAGGUAAUUCAGUAUUUACUGUGUUACUAGAGAAGACCUAGCGUAAGAAAGAAAUGCUUUAGAAAUUCCAGUAAGUAUUUAUAAGGCCUGAGAAAACUAAAAUUUGAACAAAAAGGGAAAUAAAUCACACAUUUGCUGAGGCUGCUGCUUUAAAUAUUGGCUACUUUUCUUGUUUUGGUUUACUCUGAUUUGUUUGAUUGAACCCUGGAAGUAUUAUUUUUACCAGCCCCACAUUUAAAGACCUAGUAAUCUUGACGGAAUUGGUAAUGGCAGAUAGGGUUUAAUACUGCUGACUUUCCAAAUUAGAAUUUUUUUUCUGUCAAACUUAGGCUUUUGUAUAGCAAAGUAUGGUAUCUCAUUGUUACCAUCGUUGUUCACCACUAGCCUUUUCAGUAGGCCCUUAAAAUGUAUUGGAAAAGUUCCAUGUUAAAUGACAAAUGUCUGUCUUCAGUAUGAAUUUUUGAUCUGUAGCCACAGUAAGAUUUCUGUUUUCCAGUGGUCAGGCUCUGUAGCACGUAUGCUGAAUGCUUUUUCCUUAGCACCUUUAACAGUAACGUGUUACUACAUUUUCCAAAACAUCAAUUCAAAUGUCUCGGUUUUAGUUUGUAUUAAUAGAUUUUGUUGAGGGUAGGGCCUGCGAACGUGGGCGCAGUGAGGUUAAAUAAUUCAUGUGACCACAACCUGGCUUUGAGGUUCUUCUUCUUUAGGGGGCCAUAAUGUUCAUUCAUUGUUAUUUGAUGCUCUGUUCUGAUGAACAUGUUAUUACACCUGCUGUAUAUGUAAGCUUUAGCUAUACUAAACCAAGGCUUUAUUUUCUUUUGUUUUUUAACUUACUGUACUUUGAAUGUUUAUAUAACCUGUAUUUCAAGAGAGGGAAGAUAAUGCUGAAUUUUAAAUUUAGCCUUUGAACAUCUGUCCAAUAGUGAAUCAGUUUUUUAAAAAUUGAUUUUUAAGUUGUUCCAGAAAAAUGUUUUAUAUAUAUAAUCUUUUUAUAUAUAUAAAAUCUUUUUUAUAAAUUUUAUUUUAAAAAUCUUCAAAAAAAGAUUUAUAUAUAUAUAAAGAUUAUAUAUAUUUAUAUAUAGUCUUUUCUGUUCAUAAUGGCAUUAGUCUCUGAAUACAUUUUAUAUUAUCUUUGCUGCCACAUGUCAGGAUACAACACAAUAGUUUUAUAAAUAAAAACUGUACUUUGAUUUUAGGUACUAAUUUAAUGCUUUAGUUUUUACUACUUUGAAAGGGGAAGUUCAUCUAAGUAUUACUGAUAACAGGGAUCCAACUUAAAGUAAAAGUUGGAAAGGGCAACAGUCUUUUAAGCAGAACUUACAAUUCUGUUGUCAUGGUUACUUAUAUAUAAUGAAUAUGACUAGACAAAUAGGAGUUGGAAAAUGUGGUAUAUUCUCUAAGUCAAGAUGCUCUGAAGUUAUUAUAGUUUAAGGGACAUUCUUAAGGAAUUACUUAAGUAUAUUACUCUUUUUGUUUUCAAGGACAUGAAAAAGUAAAGGAUGGUCGAGCACUAUUUUAUAUUUUUUUGACCUGUACUGAAUAUAUGUACUUUGAAGAUUUACAUCUAUAACUAGAAAGUAUAGUAAUCUGAGGUUUGGUUAUUAGGCCAGAUUCUUGUUCAGUUAUUUUUAUCUCUGUCAAAAGUUAGAACUAAUGUUGCCUCCUUCUUAGUAAGAUUCUAUGAAAGUUUUUUAACUAUUAAAGUUAUGUCUUAAGGGGUAGCUCUUAUACUUCCUCUACUGUCCUUUUCAGUUUCCAUAAAAAGCUGUUUUCUUAGCGAUUACUCCAAAUAAAGUUCUUCGGUUUGCUGAAAAAUGUAGUGUAAUGCAGUUGUUUUCUCCCUGCUAACCCGAGUGUCCAAAAUAGGUAUCUAGACAGCUUUAAGAAGGUGACGGUCACGGGUAAGUGAUGACUGUGCCUCUCAUCUUCAGAUUCUUCAAAUACUGCAUACUGUGAAACAUGUUAAGACCAAUAUAAAUCCAAAGAUGUGAGUUGAUUAUACUUUAAUAAUUAAAUUCAUAAAAAGUUUACUAUCUUUAAUGCCAAAAAAGUCUUAACCCAUAAAUGAUUAUAUACAAUCUUAGAAAAUGUGCUUAACAGUUAUGGCUUCUUUAUUUCUAUGAGUAAAGAUUAGUAAGAAACUUAAAAUUAACAUCCUUUUAAAAUUUUCUGUUCCAUUUUAAUGUAUUUUAGGCAUUUAGAACUAGCCUGGCAUAAUGAAGAAGGAAAUAAAAGCAUUAAAGAUAA